AUGGAGGUGAGCGGCGGAGACGCCCAUCCGCCCUCUUACCCCUCAGGCCUGAGGGAGCGCGCCGCGGGGCCGAAAGUCGCGUUACGUGGAGGUGCGAAUCGCUGCAGGAACCUCGGUGCCGACUCCAGCAGUCGGCUAACAGAUGUCUUCAACAGCGUGAUGUUGACUGGCUCCUCUUCCUUCUAUGAUUGCUACAAAUCCAGGAUUCAAACAGAAAGAAAUGACUAUGGUAGUGAAACAGACUUAUAUGGACUUGUGUCUAACAUUUUGGAAGAGCAAGAUAAAUCACAGCCAUAUUUCACUGAGGGGACCUGCUCCUCCAAUUUAAAGUCAGUUUGGCCAGUGAACACAAGCAGAUUUGCAGAUCACCAUGACCUCUUAACAGAAAGCAAAAGGCCAAUAGAUACAGCCAUCUCUCAGCAAGCUUUUUAUUAGACUUUUUAUACUGGUGAAUGUGUGUCAGCAGUGGAAAAGCAGUACCUGCAUAAUAGUAAUCUGAUACCACAACAAAAAAUAGAUGAACUUUAUCAUGGAUUUACUGGUUUAGACCUUGAAGAACAAUGGAUGUACCCCUCACGAAGUGAUCAUUCUAACUGUUACAGUAUUCAGACAAAUGAUACAGCUAAGAUGACAUUUCAAGAAUAUCUAUCUAUCAAAAAAUGUUUUACACCAUACACUGGUCUGUCUGACAUCAUGAAAGAAUCAGGAGUUGAUACUUAUUCUUAUGGAAGAGAGAAAAUAUGUGCUAAAGGUCUUGAAGCACCAUUACAGCAAAAGAGGGCAGAGAUGUUUCUUUCCCAAUUUAAUAGAUACAAUGAAAAUGCAGAUUAUUGUAGAUACCCAGAAUAUGCUCAUCCUAAUAAGGCUAAGCUGAAUAAGUGUUCAAAUUUUAGUGUCCAAGAUAGUAAAAAAUUAGCCAGUGGCACACCUGAAACACCAACUGUAGAAGCAGACACCUACACAAAGUUAUUUCAGGUUAAACCAGCAAAUCAGAAAAAAAUGGAGGAGACAAUACCUGACCAGCAGAAUUUCACGUUUCCAAAAACUAUACCACAUCUGACAGAAAAACAGUUUUUAAAGGAAGCAUUUACUGCUGAUUUUGGCUUAAAAUCAGAAUAUGGACUAAAACCUCACACAGCUUGUCCAGCUAAUAAUGAUUUUGCUAAUGUCACAGAAAAGCAACAAUUUACUAAACCUGACCCCCCAAAUUCUGAGUAUUUUAGGUCAAUGAAUUUACUAGCAAACUCAGCAGCAUCUUCAGGCAGUAUCAACUUAAACAGACCAACUUGGAUGAAUGUCCAAACAAAAAAUAACACUCGUAUUCCUUAUCGAAAUCAAGGUAACUUGAUGGAAUUAAAUACUUAUUUAAGUGCAGCUUCAAAAGGUUUUAACCAUUCUUCAGAUUUCCCGCAACUAUCAUCUACAAAUUUAACAGCAAAUAGCAAUUUAUUUCAGAAGUAUUGCCAAGAAAACCCUUCAGCAUUUUCUAGUUGUGAUUUUGGUUACAAUGGUACAGAAAGAAUUCAAUCUGUCAGUCACAUGGAAGGACUGACAAAGACUGGAGAAGAAAAUCUCUUUGAAUCUGUUACUGAUAAAAUAAAGCAGCCAAAUGGAUUUUGUGAUAACUAUUCAGCUCAGCAGUAUGGGAUCAUUGAAAAUGUAAAUAAAUAUAAUUUUCAAGCUAUGCCCCGGAGUGGCCAUUAUGACCCUGAGGAAGGGCCAAAGCAUUUAGAUAGCUUAUCUCAAAAUACAUAUCAAGGUCUGUUGGAGUCACAGGGUCAUUUUAAUAGCCACAGACAGGGAAGUGGAGACAACAAUAUUAAUAGCCGUGUGAAUCACACACAGGUGUCAUACUUUUCUAAUAAUUAUAUGAUGGGAGAUUUCAGGCAUAAUCAGAGUUUUCAACAACUUGGUUCAAAUGGGUUUCCCCUAAGAUCCACGCACCCGUUUGGCCAUUCAGUUGUUCCACUGUUGGAUUCCUAUGAUUUGUGUUCUUAUGAUGACUUAAGCCAUUUAUACCCGUAUUUUAAUGAUAUGAUGUAUGGUGAUAAUUCCUUUUCUGGUUUCGUGCCAACUUUUGGAUUUCAAAGACCAAUUAAAACCCGUAGUGGACCAGCCAGUGAACUUCAUAUUCGUCUAGAAGGGUGCUAUGAACAAUGGAGAGCAUUAGAAAAGGAGAGAAAAAAGACUGAAUUGGCCCUUACCAAAAAUUAUCCAGGGAAAAAGGUAUCGAGUACUAAUAAUACUCCAAUUCCAAGGCUGACCUCCAACCCAUCUAGAGUUGAUCGCUUAAUUGUGGAUGAACUUCGAGAACAAGCCAGAGUUGUGACUUUACUGGGCAAAAUGGAACGGCUUUGAAGCUCUCCCCUUCAUGCCAGUAUCUCUACAGCUCUUGAUAGACACUUGGAGUCCAUUCACACUGUACAGUCACGUAGAAAGGACGAAAUUGUUAAUGCUUCAAAUCGGCAAAGGCAAGGUGCUCCUAGAUGCCAAGAUGACAGAGAUGUUUUUGCCCUUGCUUCAGCAAUUAAAGAGAUGUGUGUGGCUACUCGGAAAGCACGCACUACCCUGUGGUGUGCGCUGCAGAUGACCUUGCCAAAACCAGCCAGUACAGCUGGCCAAACAGAUGUGGAAAAGGCUUUACAAGAUAUAGUAAACUGUGAAGAUAAAGUCCAUGAAAGCCUAAAUAGUAGCAAUCCAGUGAACCGGAGAGGUGAAGCAAACAAACAUUAAGGAAAUGCCAGCAGAAAGAAGAAUAAAAAGCUGAUAAGUAAAUGUAUCAAGACAUGCUAAAAAAUGUUAAUGAACUUGUCAAACUUGAAAAUUUCAUUACAUUAAUUUUCUUUCAGAUCUAAAGGUAAUACCUUAAUGAAGUCUAACUUCUACUUAAAAAUCUUCUAUUUGGAAUGAAUCAGAUGUAGUUUAAAGUGAACUCAAAGGUAAAGUUGACUAGGGGUUCCUGGGUAGUCAAAGAUAACAAGUUUAAGUAAAUUAAAUAUUUCCUAACAGCUAAAAUAUUGCUGAAACCCAUUCUGCAGUGCAGGUAAAUGCAAAUGUGAAAUUCUUCUAGAAGAUAAGUUUCAUUUAGGUCUGCCUUAGUAAAUAUAAUUCCAAAUAAUGAAUCUAAGUGACUGUAACCCAAUUAUGGCUACA